ACGUACGUCACUUCCGCUGCGCGGGGGCGGGGCGGGAGGUCGGAAGGUUCCAGAGGGGCCGUGGAGUUGGUGGCUUUGCUGUGGAGGUGCGGCUCGGUGUUGUGCCACACACGACAUGGCUGCUGCGCGCGAGGAGCUGCAGAAGGAUUUGGAGGAGGUUAAAGAGCUGCUUGUGAAGGCCACGAGGAAGCGGCUGCGUGAUGUCCUGAUGAUGGAAAAGCACAAGCUAGAGCUAGAAAUCAAGAGUCAGCCUCUGCCAAAGCCAAAAGAUGUGAUAGAGGAAGAAAAGUCAUCACUGGGAGGGUACACAGUGAAAAUCAACAAUUACGGUUGGGAUCAGUCAGACAAGUUUAUUAAGAUUUAUGUCUCUUUAAAUGGAGUCCAGAAGCUUCCAGCUGAGAACGUGCAGGUGAAUUUCACAGAGAGGUCAUUUGAUCUGCUAGUGAAGAAUCUGAAUGGAAAGAACUACACCAUGACGUUCAACAACCUCUUGAAGCCCAUCUCUGUGGAAGGCAGCUCCAGAAAGAUAAAGACAGACACAGUCCUUGUGAUGUGUAAGAAGAAGCGGGAAGAAAAAUGGGAGUGUCUCACUCAGGUGGAAAAAGAAAGCAAAGAGAAAGAGAAGGCUGCCUAUGACACCUCAGAUCCUAGUGAAGGGCUUAUGAACCUUUUAAAAAAGAUGUAUGCAGAAGGAGAUGAUGAAAUGAAGCGCACCAUCAACAAGGCCUGGGUUGAAAGCAGAGAAAAGCAAUCCAAAGGGGACAUACCAAUGGAUAUUUGAAAGUACUCUAAGGGCUGCCUUAAUACAGAUCUUCCAUGUGAGAACUCGCUGUGCUGCAAAGAUCAUUGUUUACACAAUCUUCUUCCAAGCAAAGACACUCAUUUUCCAUUUCAGGUUGGAGAAAAUAUUUAAAUAAAAUAGCUUAUAAAGCA